AUGGUCAAGUGGGCCGUGGAAUUGGGGGAAUAUGACGUAGAGUAUGAGCCGAGAACGGCAAUCAAAGCACAAGCUCUUGCGGAUUUCAUCCAAGAAACCACUCGACGACCUGUGCAAGAAUUUUGGAUCACUUUUGUCGAUGGGUCGGUAACAAAGGAAGGGUGCGGAAUUGGGGAGUACAUCAUCUCCCCAAGCUAUGGGAUAUAUCAGUUUGCUAUCAAGUUCACUUGCAGGAUGUCCAACAAUGAGACCGAGUAUGAGGUCGUGGUCAGAGGAGCACAUAUUUUGUCAGAAUUGCGGGCUGAGUGUGUUAUCAUCAGAACCGACUCCCAGUUGGUGGCUCAACAAUUUUUGGGAGAAUGCCAUAUCAAAGAAGAUCGGAUGCGGGCAUAUUACAAUAAGAUCAACGAAAUGAAAGCAAAGUUCAUGGAAUUUAAAAUUGAGCAGAUUUCCCGGGAAGAAAACACAAAGGCAGACUUACUGGCGCGCAUGGCUAGCGCAGUGGAACAAACGUGGAAUGAUGAGAUCAUAUUGCUCUGUGAUACCAGAGAAAUGAGGACUUCACAAGUCUUUUCGGUGGAAAUCAGGGAUGACUGGCGGGCCCCAACUAUGCAUUUUCUCAAGACAGGGGAGAGGUUGAGCAAAGAAUCCAAUCAGAGGGCUCGCUACGAGAAUUAUUGUUUGAUCAAUGAUCAACUCUACAAGCGGUCUUUUACCCACCCUUUAUUAAAAUGCUUAUCUCCUGAUGAAGCUGACUUUGCUCUAAAAGAAAUUCAUGCAGGUUGUUGUGGUGCACAUACGGGAUUCAGGGACCUUGUACGAAAAAUCAUUCGGGCAGGGUUCUAUUGGCCUAACAUCAACAAAGAUGCCAGGGAAUUCGUCCGCAAAUGCGAGGCUUGCCAGGGACACGCCGGGAGAAUCAACGUCCCAGGGGAAACCAUGGGCGUCAUGCAUGCUGCAUACCCAUUCGACAAGUGGGGCAUAGAUAUAGUCGGGAAACUGCCCACGGCACCAGGGGGCAAGUGCUUUCUCAUUGUAGCAGUGGACUACUUCUCCAAGUAG